GUAUAAUCCAUCUUAAUAUUAAUAUUAAUAUUAAUAAACCACCUUCGACGAAUCUCUAAUCAUGAUUAUCAAUAAUACAACUAUAUAACACCAUCUUCUUCACCUUCAAUCUUCAUAAUCACAUAGAAAGAUCCAAAUUAGUAACAAAAAAAAAGUGAGACAAAGAAAAAAAUGGAUGAGAAAAAUGGAGAGGUGGUCGAGCCAGAAUCAGCUACAACGCAACCACCCAACAAUGAGCACAAAUUCAAGAGAAGAAUGGUGGUAUUGGGCAUCAUUAUCGCCAUGAUUGCGUGUUUACUACUAUUCAUUGGUUUGAUUUUCGGGCUCGUAAUUCUUAGAGCCAAGGCUCCUAUUCUAACCCUAAACAAAAAGAAUUUUAAUCUUCAAAGUUUCAAUUCUUCCUCUUCUUCUACUUCUUUCGAUAUAACCUUUGCAACUCAAAUAAGAGUUCGUAACCCUAAUUUCGGGCCCUAUAGAUUCGAAAACACCACCGCCACCUUCACCAACCGCGGGGCCACCGUGGGACAUGUUAUCAUUCCCAAGGCUAAGGUUAAAGGUAUAACAACCAAAAAGAUUGAUGUGAUUGUGAGUUUGAGUUCGUCUCAAUUGCCAAAUAAUGCUGAUCGUACUAAAGAGUUGACCGCAGGGUCGUUGACUUUAGUUGCUAGGGCAACAAUGAGUGGGAAACUUAAAGUUAUGGGAUUGGUGAAGAGGAAGAGAGUGAGUAAUUUGAAUUGCAAUCUUGUUAUUGAUAUCAAUAAAAAGAAGAUCAAAUCUUUAAAAUGUAAAAUCCCAUUUAGAGAUAGGAGAUAUAGGUCCCAUGUCUAGGACAUUAAUUUUAUGAUGAUUUUAGAGGAUCAGUACUGAGAUAUGUAUAAGCUCAAAACUAUUUGUUUUUUAUUUUUUAUUUAUUUUUUUAUUUUUAAUUUUCUUUCAUGAGUGAUUUGGUGGUUCAUUAUUAUUUAUUAAGCUUAUUUAUUUAGAAUGGGUGUGAAGCUAUAGCUUUCGCUUUGAAUUUUUUCUUUUUAAAUUUUGUAAUAUAAUCAUUUGUAUUUUUUAUGUAUGUAUAAUUUUAUCUUCAGUUGUUCAUUCAUUUAUUUCUUUUCUUUUUAUGUGGAUUUAUUUGUAUAAAAAUAACUUUGUAAUAUUUAUCUUCAAUCGUCGCAUUAAUAUUUAUUUGUAUAAAGUU